GAAGUAGGAAUGGCGACGUGUUUUAGAAUUAAAUAUGGAUUAAUUUUUGCCUUACUGAGUUUUUGUUUUAAAGGUUCAGACACACAGUGUAGUUCUAGCAACCAUUUUGGACCAAACUGUGACUUCGAGUGCCAUUGUAUGAAUAAUGAACAAUGUAACAGUACAACAGGAAUCUGUCCCUCAGGUUGUGACUUUGCCUGGGUAGGGCCUGGAUGUCAAAGAAACAACAUAGUACCUGCAGGACAGAUGAAUGGACGUGAAAUGGUGGUGCGCCAACAAAGUAACAUACCUCAGAGACGAAUUGCUGCGCUGGCUGUCGACAGAGAUUUAUCGACAUGUAGUCAAACAUACUAUGCAAAUAUGUCAACGUACAUCCCUUGGUGGAGACUUUGGCUUAAAGAUAAAUACAAAAUCAGGAAUAUCUCUAUUGUUACCAGCAAAGAGUCCUUAGAUUACUUCCAGAAUUUUGAGGUUAUGGUUGAAAAUCAAACAUUCAAUGGCAGAUAUGGAAAUAGCUUCACUGGACAAGAAAUGUGUUACAAACAUAAUAAUUCCUCACCGAUAACAACUAAUAUUGAUGUAACAUGUAACAAACCAAUUUUUGGAAAUCAGCUCAGAAUACGACUAGCAAUUAAUGGUUCACAACUUGUCUUGUGCGAUGUCAGGAUAUAUGGAGAAUGUCCGAAUAUAACAUUCGGAACAAGUUGUACAGAGAAAUGCAGUACUCACUGUGAAGAUGUCUGUGAUAAAGAUUAUGGUACUUGUGCUUCGUGUUCGCCCGGGUGGACGGGAAUACGCUGCAACCAACAAGUUUGUAAGGAUGGAAACUAUGGUGAAAACUGCAAGUUCAAUUGCAGUGGGAACUGUAAAAAUAGCGGUGUAUGUAGAAAAACCGAUGGUCUUUGUGUUGAUGGUUGCAGUCCAGGCUUCGACGGAGAAAAAUGCGAUCAAACAUGUACUGAUGGAUAUUAUGGGCAUAUGUGUCUGCAGAAAUGUAGUGCAAACUGUGCCGGGGGCUAUUCAAACUGCAACAACGUCUAUGGAUCUUGUAUGUCUGGGUGUAAAGCUGGUUGGAGGGGACGCAAAUGUGACGAAGAAUGUCCGACAGGAAGCUGGGGACUUAAUUGCGCAAACUCCUGUGGAUAUUGUAUGUCAAAAGUGUGUCGACAUACAGAUGGUAUUUGUAAUGGGGACUGUGCUGCAGGAUUUAAACAAACUCCACACUGUGACGAAGAAUGCGACAGUGGAAGAUAUGGUAUCAACUGUUCCCGAAUAUGUAGCAAGAAUUGCAAGGACAUAUGUAGGAAACAGAGUGGGGAGUGUCAGUUCUGUAAAAGCGGUUGGCAUGGUGCAAAUUGCACUCUAGAAUGCGAGGAUGGAAGAUGGGGUGAAAACUGUGAACGAAGAUGCUUUACAUGCGUUAAUGAAACAUGCAACCGAAUAAACGGGGCUUGUUAUAGCCAGUGUAAGCCGGGUUUCAAACAAACAGAAUACUGUGAUCAAGAGUGUGAAAAUAGAAGCUACGGACUCAACUGCUCGAAAAUGUGUAGCACGAACUGUAAAGAUAUAUGUGACAGGCGGAACGGAUAUUGUACAUCAUGCAAAAGUGGUUGGUAUGGAGAAAGAUGCACACGUGAAUGCACUAAUGGAAGAUGGGGUGAGAAUUGUAAACAAGUAUGUACUAAAUGCCAUAAUCAAACCUGUGAUAGAUUCAAUGGGACUUGUAAUGUACAGGACAAGCAAGGCUUCAAACAAACUGAGUACUGUGAUCAAGCUGUAAAGCAGACAGUGACGGGAAAUAUGAUGCAUAUUUCUGGAGGAGGAGUAGCAGGAAUAGUUGUAACUGUUAUUGUUCUGAUUUUCUUCAGCGUAGUUGUUGCAGUAUUGAUCACGAGAAGACGGCUACAUAGGGAUAAAUUUGGAAAUCACAAUAAGUUGGAAAAUGAAACAGUCUUCUAUUCAAAUGUUUUAGCUGCAGAUAAUAAUUCAACAGAAUCGAACAUGAAUGUGGAAACGGAAAAUGAUUACGACAUCAUAAAAAGAAAAAGCGGCGUUGAACAUAUCUACGAGCAGCAGUGAUGCAGGGUACGAUUGUUUCGCAGCGUUGUACGAAAACAUUUUCUAAUGAAUACUGAAAAAAAUGAAUAAAACAAGUUUGAAUAAAAAUCGUUGAUAACAUAUGUUCUUGUGGUCGCUUAUUUUCUGAACUGUUUAUGCCAGACAAAAUGCUAAGAGAUGUCGAUUAAGGCUGUUUUGAUAUCGCUAAUAUCAAAAUCUCAGAAUAUAUUAACUAUGAUGAUAUUGUAAACGAGCAGAAAGAUUGUUGAUUAACUACAAGUUAUAAUACUGCAUUGUAAACGUAAUAAGUAUCACACAACAUUUUUAAGUUUAAGGCAUGGACAUAAAGGCACCGUGGAUGUAGCUGAUCGUGAAUACACUUUUAUCAUGCUGUAAUAUGUUCAUUUGAUUUAAUAUAUAUGUUACAGUAAAUGAAUACAACGGCAUACAGCAAAGGAAAAUGGUGUCAAUUCUUUAGGAUAUCUUAUCAUCACUUUGCUUGUGACUUUUAGAGCAAAUCAGUGUCCUGUCGCUUAUGUUUAGUGCCCUAACUUGUGUUCCACGUCGCUAAUGUACAUUCAGAGAAAGUAAGAGACAUCUAGCAGAUUUACGCUUAGGCUUUUCAUAUAAGACUUGAAGUAUUCAAUAGUUCGCAUUUAAUUUAAGGUUUUUGACCUUUAACCAUUUUCCCCUGACAAAAAUAGAUUUACAUGCGUACGACUAAAUGGAUAUUUUACUGACUGGUUUUCUGUCAAUACAGGCUUACGUCAAGGUUGUUCAUUAUCUACUGUUCUUUUUAAUAUCUACAUUAAUGAUCUUGCAUUAUUGUUGGUACAGAGAAAGGUGUCAAUAUUGAUAACGAAAAGGUGUUUAUUUUGCUAUAUGCGGAUGACAUUGUCUUGAUUGCUGAAAGUGAAGCUGAUUUGCAAUUCAUGUUAAAUCUGUUAAAUGAUUGGUGUAAAAUUAAUUUUAUGUCUGUUUAUACCAGCAAGAGCAAUAUUGUACAUUUUAGACCUUAGGCUACCUCUAUUCAAAGAUCUGAUUAUUUAUUUGUAUAACUGUGGUGAUUCAAAAUUAGAUUAUGUCAGUCAGUAUUUAUACCUUGGUAUUUUGUUGACAGAACACUGAUUAUAAUGUAACAGCAAAAGUUGUUGCCCAAGGUGCUGGACGUGCUCUGGGUCUUCUCAUUCGAAAACAAUGGAGGCUUACCAUAUGAUAUAUACACAAAACUAUAUUAUACACUUGUUGUCCCAAUUAUAACGUAUGGCCCCUCAAUUUGGGGAACUAAGGUAUUUUCAUGUAUAAAUGCAGUCCACCACCAAGCCAUGAGAUUCCACCUUGGAACAGGAAAAUAUAACCGAAUGUGGCUGUUUAUGGUGAAAUAGGUUGGAAGCCAAUCCUUAUAGAUCAGUGGACUUCAGUAUGUAAGCAUUGGUAUAGCUGUUUGAAUUAUGAAAAUACACGUAUAGAUAGAAAGAUCUUUAGCUGGUCCUGUAAGAAAGGUAACUCAAGAUGUAAGAAAUGGCCAUUUAUUGUUAAAGAAAAAUUUAAGUGUCUAGAGUUAUAUGACUUUUUACAAAUACCUUUCUCAAGAAAACGCUUAACUGAAACAUUGUUGUAAGUUGCUUAUGCCUUUUACACAUAGAUCUGCAUUGUCUGGAUUCAGGUGCGGUGUUGCACCCAUAAGACUCGAAACGGGUCGCUACGAAGGUUUAACAGAAAAUCGACGAGUGUGCCCAUUUGGUUGUAAUGUUGUAGAAUCAGAGAUACAUGUUAUUCUAUGCUGUCCGCUUUAUGCUUUUCAACGAAGACUUCUAUUAGAAAAGCUUAUGUCUAUAUUUGUAAACUUUGAGAGUCUAAAUGACAAUGAAAAAAUGGUACUGUUAUUCACACAUCCAAACUUGAUUAGAAUAGUUGCAAAAUCCUGUUACGAUAUACUUAAAAAGAGAAGUAAUACUUUAUGUAGUAUAAAUACAGUUUAAUGCACCUGUAUAGAUUGGCCUUUUAUUUACCUAUAAGUAUUUUACUCCAUUGUAUGCAGAUCCUUUUAAAAUAGUUACAUUAUUUUAAUGUUAAGUAAGAGAUGUCUGCUAAUCUGUUCUCGACCAAUCUGAUUGGUGGGGAUACUUGAUUUUUUAAAGCCAUUUUUACUAGCGCACAUUUAGUGCACCUGUCUAAUCUGGUUCAGUGUCUUAUAACCUAUUUUUUUAAAUAUAAAUUUUAGGACACAAUCUUUGUGUUGUGAUUAGCAGACAUGUCUUGCUUUUUACUGUAAUAUAUGAGAAUUGAUCAAAUUGAUAAAUAUUGUGAUAAACUUAAGAGUACU